AUGGGGAAAAGGAGGAAUGAUCGUAGUGCGCAUUCGAUUCGCGCGAGCUCGUCUUGGUUCAGGUUGGAGGACAUCGGAGGAGCAUCCUUGAGGUGCUCUCUCGCCAGCCCUCCUCUCUCCCUUUUGACCUCCGACGCGCGUUCCUUGGUGUUGUAUAUGAGUGCGCAGCCAAUUCUUGUGUUGUCUUCUUCCAUACCAUUCUCUUCUCUGCCCGCUUUGCCCACCUUUUUCCUUGGCGGCUUGUUUCGCGCGGAUUUUGGUCGUUUUAUUGUGAAAUCAAAAAGUUUCGGUAUGCAUAAUGUAUGUGAUUUUUAUGUUUGUUUUCUGAUAACGCACCGAAUGUUUUUGUUUUUCAGAUUGGAGCCUCAGCUCAUCGCAACUGCCGGUCCCACUUUUAAUCGCCGCAUCUUUUAUCCAAUCUGAAUUUAACGGCAAGAAGAACAUUGUUUGGGUACCCACACAACUUUGCUGGGUGAAUAUUAUGUGA